CACGAAUAGAGGAAACCGGUGAAAGUUUGCCCGCUGAACGUCUCGCGCUCCAUUUCAGCAUGCAGGUGUCACUAGCGCUCGUGCACUACGGCGCGCGGCUGCUGUUGCUGCUGCUGCUGCUUCAACAGGGAUGCUUCACAGCGGAGCACGGAUGGAGGGUUUUUAAAAAUGAUGCUACAGAAAUUAUUCCAGAAUACAUGGAGGACACGCAGCGACCCGAAGGGCAGAUACAACUUUCUAACAAUAACACACUGAACCGGGCUAAGAACGGGGGAAGGAGGUCAUCCGCAAACUCACGUACUUAUGGAGCCUCUGAACUGAGUUGUCGGGAGCUGCGUUCAACUCGCUACAUUACAGAUGGAUCUUGCCGCAGUGCCAAGCCAGUGAAGGAACUGGUGUGUUCUGGUCAAUGUCUUCCAGCUCAUCUAAUGCCAAAUUCAAUUCUAAGGGGAAAAUGGUGGAGAAGCAGUUCCUCUGAUUACCGUUGCAUCCCUGCACACUCUCGCACCCAGAGGAUACAGCUACAGUGUCCAAACGGACCAAACCGGACAUAUAAAAUCAGAGUGGUCACCUCUUGCAAGUGCAAACGCUACACACGCCAUCACAACCAAUCAGAUGCCAAGGAGUUGCCAUCCCAGAAGCCACGACGCAAUAAGAAGCACACGCGCAUUCCGCAGGGACGAGGCAGUAGCAAAAUGCCCACAGUCAACAGCAAUUCGUACUGAAGGGGAAGCCGUUCAUGUGUGUGAACUGAUAUAAAAACUUUCUCUCUUGCACACAUACACACAUACAAAUACCUACAUGUACACAUACUUCCGAAACUAAAAAGCUCAACUACUAAAAGAGGGAAGGAAUCAAAUAAAGGAACAAACUCAUUACCAUUUAAUGAACUUGUUGCCCUGGCCAACAACUUUCCAAUGUAUUUCAGAUGUGCCACUGUUUGCAUGAGUUCUUCAGCCUUAAUAGUAACAGUAACAGAAAUGUUUGAUGACAGAAUACCAGAGGAUUAAUGGACAUUUGAGUGAAAAGAGGAAUGCUGUUGUGAGAGAUUAGUUCAGUGUCGAUCAGUUCGUGAUGAUAAAAUUGAGGAAGGAAUACCAUCUCAGGAAUAACUCCUACGCAGUUCAUUUCAAGUUUGAAGUUAAUUGGAAGGGUAAGCUAACUCAAACUAGGGUCAAGCUCCAAACGCUCAACCGAUCUACUGCAAACAUGUUUCUUAUGUGAAUGUUUGUAUACCAGUUUUGUCAUUUUCUUUUGGCACUCAGUGGCAUAUUAUUAGCCUGUCCAGCGGUGUUGGGUUCAAGUGACACGCUGCUGCUGACAGUUUGCUGAGGCCCAGAAUUAUUAACCUUGGUCAUUUGACCAGCCCUUGAGUCCUCUUGACCGACUGGGGAGCUGAGCCAGUCACUAUGUAGGUUUCCGCAACUUUACAUUUCCACAAGAAACGUAUCGGAACUGGCAGUUAGAGCCGUGUUAAGGAGAGUUUGAAAAGUUGUGUCAGCUCUCCAUGGACCAAGUCUCCAGAGGUCAAGAACCGCAAACGGUACUCCUGUGACUUGUCCUAAUUACCAAAUAGUUCCAUUCCUGUGUUUAGGAUUUGAGUCAUAAAAAGCCAUUUCCUGUAGACAUGGUCAGUUCCUGUUUGUUAGAAUACCAGAAAAAGAGGUCCACAUGUGUGUAAGAAUUUGCAGCAAUUCCGCUGCGUGUUACCUUACGGGCAUAGAACUUUUCAGCACUCUCCUUCAAUGGAAACCAUUUGGAGAUAUUCAGCCAUCUGCAAUCACUAGCAGAUAUCUAAAUAGUCACCUACAUCCAUCACUGAGCUCUUCAGAGACGACGUCAUCCUCCCUGUCUCUUCAUCUGAGGAAAGAUGAGAUAAAUGAGAAAUGAAUCUAACUUUGAAAUGUUGGGCUGGAUGGAUGAUAUUACACAGGAUAAAGAGAUAAGAGUAUGCCAAAUCAGACAGUUUUGUCUACACACACACAUCUUGGCUUCGGUCUGUUAAUGACGACUAUCCCAUUCACAUUUGCUUAUGUUUCAUUUGUAAUAGCAACUGGAAGGGAUUUUAUAUAAUGUAAACAGAGUUUCCAAAAAUAGCAUUUGUACAUAAUUUACCUGUGUGGUCUAAUUCAGCGGUAUCCUCUAAAUAACAGAGUACUCAACAAAUGGAUCCACACCCUGUUUGACCAAAAGACCAUUAUGAAGAAAGAACUGCAUAUUUAUUUUUUAAUUUAGACAUUUAAAUUAUUUAUGCAAUCUUUUUCUAGAUAAUAAUAGCCAUUAUUAUACUAUAUGUAAUUAUAGUAAAUUUCAUAAUGAAAAGAGAACAUGAAUAAAGCUAAGCAAUGUAUA